AAGUUGACAGUCAUCAAAUGUCAAACAGCGAAAACAGAAAAAUAGAUUUUCCAAAACUGUGAAUUCGAUCUGUUGCGUUUUAAGUUGGUGUCUGGUUUAUUGAAAUUUUACCUCAUUUUAAAUCAUCAUGGAAACUCCGGAAGUUCAUAUUGACGUGAGCGGGGAUAUGGAAACACCGAAACAGGAUAAUAAAACCGGGUUCAACCUGUCCUCCUUUUCCAACUUCUCCACCCGUAUUCCGAGCUUGUGGGAACUGUUGCGAUUAAGCCGGCAAAAUAUUCGACCAUGGGCAGAAUUUUUACAAACUUCCAACUUUAAAACAGUGGCCAACGUUUCCCGUCUGACGAACCGCAUCAUUCGAAAUCUGGCGUAUUUUCAAAGCAACUAUCUAUUUGUAUUCCUUGGGUUGAUUGUCUAUUGUUUGUUGACCUCUCCACUCAUACUGAUAGUGCUGGGAGCUGUGUUUUACGCUUGCUACAAAAUCAAGCAGAACAGCACACCCGUGGCUUUCUUCAGCAAACAGUUAAACACGAACCAACAAUGCAUUGCUGUCAAUGUUGCAUCCGUGCCGCUGCUCUACCUCGCCGGGGCAGGUGCAGUAAUGUUCUGGGUGCUGGGUGCAUCAUUUUUUGUGAUAUCACUCCACGCUGCCUUCUAUAAUAUCGAUGCAAUUGUUACCGAGGAUAUGGAAACGUUCCUCACCGAAACGGUGUGAAGGGUAUGCAUGGCGAAACCUUUAAAUCGACUGUGAAUUCUAUCGCUCUUGAACUAUUACCGUCACAUGCCGUAUUCAACGAUUUGAUUUGAAAAAUCAAUUCCCUUUCCUUAGCUAUGCAUAUGGUAAACGAAAUCAAAGAACUAUGAUAGAUCAAUUAACAACAAGGACGAAAUAAUGAAUAUUUACUGUAUCUUUUCGAUGUAACCUCGUUGCAAAAAUAAACUGCAACAUGAACUAGCAAAAAUUUUCAUAAAAAGAACCCGUAAUCAUAAUCAAGAUCAUUUUGAACAUUGAAGCUUUUGCUUAGCUUGACCGAACGGUCUACCAUCAAAUACGAUCGAAAACAAAACCAUUUGCUAGAUGUUUUAUGUAUUGUUACGAAUCUUCUUCACCGUUAAUGUAAUCGGUUAUAAAAACUGUGUGAAGGUUAAAUUUACAUUCUCAAUGUUCUAGUAACAUCAACGCUAAUGCGUUUAACAUAAAUAACAACGUUUAUUUGCAUAAUUUCUCAAAUUUAGUUUACAAUAAAAAGAAGGUUCUUCUGUUUCAAAUGAACAAA